AUGUUGUAUUUUCAGCAAAGCUCUGAUUCGAGAAGAUAAUAUGUUUCAGUUUAUUUGGAUAGUUGGACAGGAACCAAUAACAUCACAGCUCUGUGUCAUGUCACGUUAGUCGAGCCAUGACGGUCUGGACUUUGAGCACUUUUAUUGCGCUGUUACUCGUGUUAAUAGUUAGUCAGAAUACACUUAGUGGUAGAAGGACUGUUCAGUGACUUGACUUCAACAACAUAUUCUCAAACUAGCAACAACUCAAUUCAGCCCAGAAGAGUUCAGAUAUUUACUGUGAAUUUGUUUUACACUCUGUAAUAAUGUCAAUAAGUAAGCAAUUUUAUUUCUUAUUUGUGUUCACUCUAAUAAUGACAUUUGGGCAAUUGUUGUCUGUAUUCAACUUUAAAACUGAUAUUAUAUUUAGAGACUUUCUUUGCUUAGGCCACGCCCACCAGGAAGUACAUUUAUAAACAUGCAGCAGUGCUUUCGCUUUACGGAAGAUAGCAGACAAGUUUUACUGAGGUUGUGUUACUCAACUUUAACUUUUAAGGGAUCAAGUAUGGAAGAUACGGAUAAAUUAAAUCUUGAGGAGAUGCUGAUGUGCCCGGUGUGUCAGGACACGUUCAAGGACCCCCGACAGCUGUCCUGUGGUCACACCAUUUGUAUGGUCUGUCUGGAAAACAUGAUGGAUCACUCCUCAGACGGCCCUUUCCGCUGCCCAGACUGUAGGGAAUCGUUUGGACCCAUCGUAGAGGUGCAGAAGAGCUACGCCCUGGCCAAUAUUGUAGAGCAUUUCAGGGUGAUCAAGAGGAGGAGGCAGGAGGAGCAGACAACAAAUGUGUACUGUGACUGCUGCCCGGAGGAAAAAACCCUGGCCUUCAAAACGUGUCUGAAGUGUGAGGUGUCGCUGUGCAAAGAACAUGUCAAGGACCACCUGGAGCUCCUCGUGUUCACCGGACACCCUUUGGUUAGCCCUCUGGGGGACCUCCUGGAGAGGAAAUGCCCACAUCACGAGGACAAGGUGCUGAGGUACUACUGCAACGCGUCCAUGCGCUACAUCUGCAACGUGUGCACACUGGAGAGCAAGCAGCACAACCUGGCAACCGAGGCCUCCUCUGUCCUGCGAAGACAGCUGACUGAGUACAUGGACCAACGCUUCGAAAUGCUUAAGGCGCAAAUUGCAGAAUCCAGAGACAAUUUGCAAAAAGAAAUCCUACGUCAAAAACAGAGAGUGAUCCCCGCCGCCUCGCCACUCAACAGUGUCACAGUGGUGCUGCUCUUCCUGUGGUUCAUCGUUCUGUAUUACGCCUACAACUACUCUGUGGAAAACCAGAUGCUAACAGAGGCGCUGGAAAAACAGCAGAACCGUGUGCAUCACGUUUAUUCUACCAUUGAAGAACUCUUGGUAGGACAUCCAAUGAAAAGACACAAACCUCUGGAGACAGGAGAAGCCACAGGAGACGAUCUGAUAGAACAUUGGAAUGGAAAUGUCAGUUGAAGGCAAUUGAAGAGAACAAUUUGUUUGUGUUGGAAUACAUUUGCUAUCCUGAUGGAGGUGCUAUAAUCUGUCUGACUAUGAAGAAAACCAUUGUCUGCCUUAAAGAGAGAUCAGACAAAGAUUGUGUUGCAUUUUAACAUCCUGGUUUUGGCCAUAUACGUAUGGGAUAUGAUUAUUCUCGUGACUUGUCAUGAUUCUAAAAUGAUCCGAUUUGAGGCUGGUCUGGAUCAUUUCUGUAAUGGCUAAGUUGCUUCAAUAUUUGAAGAUUCACUUUUGAUUUCUGGCUGCCUUAAUUGUGCCUCGUUUACUACUCUGGCUUUGGCUUGAUCAAAUCUCAUUUCCUUUGAGUAAAGUCCUGUUUUAAGUACUACAGUAACACAGCUUUAAGAAACGAAGUCAAGAGAGAGAACACUCAUUUGAGCACACCUGCUGUUUUAUUAAGAAAACAUUUAAGUCGAGCAUUUUUUAACAACAAUGAAGAGAAUGUUUUACAAAAAAAGGGAAAGGCAGCAUCAAACCAAAACGGCCACUGUUUCAGUCCUAACCAAGGUAUACACAGUGGAACAUGUUUUUCCUUAGCAUGUAGUAAAGACAGAAUUGUUAGUUCAGACAUAAAACAACAUUUCAGGCAUUUCAAAUCAGUGAGAACUCUACAAUCAUGUCUUAAACUGCUGGGAAAAGGUUGAAAUGGUGGUCCAAUGUUUUACAAUAAACAAGUAUAAAAUGACUUCAUUUGAAAUAAAAAAACUGAGAGAAUACCAGACUAA